ACUUAUAAGCAUUUGUAAAACAUGAUCGAAAGUGAAGCGAAGUGAACGUAGCUAUAACGUACGUUCAUAAUUAUUUAAAUAGUAAUGAUUUGUAUCUAUUGAAGUGAAGUGCGUGUUUUUCCAUUCCUUAUAUUUAAUACAUAUUGUUAUAAGUACCAGUACAGCAUGAUUGUUAGACUGGAGCUGGCUGUACCAAUCUGUUUCCUUGCUGCUGUUCUAUUAUGGACAAAUUCCGCAGGUGUUUUUAUACCGAAUCUAACAGAAGCCUGCUAUCGUUGUCUCUGUCAUGUAUCAACACGCUGCCAGACGUCUCACGAGUGCACCGCGGGGUAUUGUGGCCCUUUCAACAUUUCCAGGGUGUACUGGAUAGACGCUGGCAAAGUUACACUACCUGAAGAUGAUCCGGAUAGGAACCAUGCGUGGGAAGAUUGCGCGCGUAACUAUUAUUGCUCGAAGCGAAUCAUAGAAGGUUACUUAGAAAAAUUCGGAAAAGACUGUAAUGGUGAUGGCGUAACCGAUUGUUUUGACUACAUGAUGAUAAAUGGUAAUGGGGGCUACGGGUGCACUGCGCCGCUCAACCGCUCUGAGAACGGUCGACGGUGGCUGAAACGUUACGAAGAAUGCAAAAAUUCACUUGGAUACCCUUAAACAUUACUUAGCUGUGGUUUGCCAGUUAUAUAAAAUAAAUAUAUCGAAGGCUGUAUUUUUA